AUGGGAAAGUUCAACAUGCAAUGUCGAAUUUCAAGAAAAGCGGCAAACCUGCAAAGGGGGAUUUCUAGAUGGCUGGGUCGCGUCAAUAUAUGGCAAUCGCAUUUCGGUAGAAGCUUCCUUAGCUACUUUCUGAGGGAUUUACAGAAGCUUGAGAUGCAACUUAUGAAUGCCCGAUACCGAGGUCCAAGUGGGUUGUCCGAGUGA